AUGAGGGUUAAGACAAGACUUAAGAAUCCACGAUCAACAUUAGGUAAAUCUAUCAAAGAAAUUUUAAAUCGAGCAGGCAAGCGACAAAUUUCACAUCCAAAGCAAAACCAAACUUACGAAAACGAUGAUUCUGCAUCAGAAAGUCGGCGAAGUAGUACAAGAAUUAACGAAAUCCUACAUUUUCAAAAUAACUUUGUAAGAAACAAUUCUAAUUCAAAUUUAAUAUUAGAAAGUAUAUCAGAAGAAGCCGAAGAUCAAUUAUUUAAUGAAUCACCAAUUAAAAAAUCUAUUAAUAAUAAAAUUUCUGAAUUAAUUCCAUCACAAGACCAAAUACAGCUUGACGACAUUACAGAAGAAAAAUCUGAAAUAAAUACAUCAAUAAUUUCCACAAAUACAAAAAAUUCAUAUUCAUAUUUUGAAGAAGAAGAAAAAGAAGAUAAUUUCGAGUUUUAUCCAGAAUAUGACUAUUACAAACCUCGUCAACCUUACGAAAAACCUAAGAAAGGCUCAAAAAGAGUCAAAAGAAAACCAAAUGCUGCAUUUAUUGAAGAACAACAAGAAUUAAACACAGGAAUUGAUAUUGAUAUUGAAUACGAAUAUUCAUAUGAAGAAGAAAACAACGAAGAAGUUUUGUUUCUUGGAAUUCCAAAAGACGGAGUUUAUGCUAGUGAUGACGAUCAUCGUGGCUUUCGUGUUAGUAAAUAUCCUAAACUGAACAGAUACGAAACAGAUCCAGAUAAAUAUCAGGUCAUUUCUACAAUGAAUUAUCGAUCUCGACUUUCAGAGUCAGUUUUGUCUAAUGAAACAUAUCUAUUUGAGUUCAACCAUAUAUUCGAUAGUGACCCAGAUAAAAUAUCCCCUUUAACUCUUAAAAACGGAUCAAGAUUUAUAUUCUCUUCAUCAAGUGAUGAUGAAUCCGGACUCAAACAAGACAAAUUCAAUACACCAAAGAAGUAUAAUUACAAUACACCUAAAAUUAGCAAAUCAACAACAAAAAUUUCACAAAAAGAAAAUUAUCAACAAUCAACUCCAAAAACAACAACAAAUAAAGAAACCCAUUCAAAAACCUCGCCUUUUAAACGAAAAUUCCUCGAUAAUUCUAGUUCAGAUGAUGAUAAUUAUAAAUCUACUCCCAGAAUCAAAAGAGAUAAUGCCAAAUCAGCCUAUAAUUAUAAUAAUAAGUUCCUCAAAGGAAUUGAUUAA